UUCUUCGAGGCUCAAGUCGUUCCUGCAAUAUGAAGGUGUUCAUUACAAUUUUGGCUUUGGCUGUUGCCUCCGCCACUGGAGCUGCGGUGCCAGCCGCCACGCAGAAAGCUGUCCAUAUGAAGGACAUGUCUAGCCGUAUCACCAAUGGCUACCCAGCUACUGAGGGCAAGGCCCCCUAUACCGUUGGCCUGGGCUUCAGCGGUGGCUGGUGGUGCGGUGGUUCCAUCAUUGGAAACACCUGGGUCCUGACUGCCGAGCACUGCACGGGCUCUGACGUCACCGUCUACUUCGGUGCCACCUGGCGCACUAACGCCCAGUUCACCCACUGGGUCAGCCGUAAUAACAUCAUUAACCACCACAACGCUGAUAUCGCUCUGAUCCGUAUUCCCCAUGUGGACUUCUGGCACAUGGUCAACAAGGUGGAGCUGCCCAGCUACAACGAUCGCUACAACGACUUCAAUGAACGCUGGGCCGUUGCUUGCGGCUGGGGUGGUACCUACGAUGGCAGCCCACUGCCCGACUGGCUGCAGUGCGUCGACCUGCAGAUCAUGCACAACUCCGAAUGCCAGAGGACCUACGGCUCUUCCGUUGUUGGAGACAACAUCCUCUGUGUAAGAACUCCCGGCGGCAAGUCCACCUGCGGUGGUGACUCCGGUGGUCCAUUGGUUACACACGACGGCAACAAAUUGGUGGGCGUUACCAACUUUGGCACUUCCUCGUGCACAUCUGGUGCUCCAGCUGGCUUCCAGCGUGUCACCUACCACUUGGACUGGAUCCGUGACCACACUGGCAUCGCUUACUAAUAGAUUUAAAAUUAAUCAUAAAAUAAAAUUGAUUUGAAUGCA